AUGAAGCUAAUCACCCAGUCAUUUGACCUCGACAUUUGGAGAGUGGGCAAUGCAACGGUCGACGUCCGUGUACCAUUCGCCUUAUGGAACGCCGUGCUCUCUGCUCUUCCCGGCAACUGGGAUGUAUCGACUAUGAUUCCUGACGUGCAAGAGCUGGUGGAGCAGACCCGACCCCGACCAUCCCUUCUCGCCGAGCCCGAUGAGCCUGGCGACCCCAAACACCCACCUUGGGACAUGAAUGAUAUUUUGACCCCCUUUCACGACGAGUAUCACUCCUUCGACGACAUGCUGUUGUUCGGCAACGCCCUCGUACAGGCUUUCCCCGAUCUGGUUACGCAGACUGAUCUCGGGACGACCGAAGAGGGACGUCCAGUGAGGUCCUGGAGCAUUCGCGCCGGACAGAAGAAGGGUGAAGACGAUCUGCCGAGGUACGAGUUUGUUGUUCAGUCUGGCCAACAUGCUCGUGAAUGGGUCGGCCCGUCGUCAGCGCUGUACUUGUUGCACGCCAUCGCCCUCGACGCCAGCCAUGAUCCCAAGGGCAAAUGGAAGGAGCUUCUUCGCAGCUAUACAUUCACAGUUGUGCCCAUGAUUAAUCCUGAUGGCUACGUUUAUAGCCAUGAGCACUCGAGAAUGUGGAAGAAGAACAGACAGGAGGUUGGAGGGCUCGUUUGUAAAGAGCCAUUUGAAGCCAAGGAGACACGUAUCAUGGGCAACUACCUUCAGAAUGGCACUGCCGAUGGAGAGCGCGAGCUCCCGAUCAAGGCUUUCGUCGAUGUCCACUCUUACGGGCAGCUGUGUAAGCAUCGUGGACCUGAUGCGAUUCUGACAAUAGUCAUGUUCCCUUAUGCUUAUUCGUGCGAGGACUUCCCAGCCGACGCCGAGAAUCUAAUGGAGGCUGGCCUUGGGGCUGCGAAAGCGAUGCGCAUGAGCGAAGGGCAAUCUUAUCAAACGGGGCAGGCCUGCGACCUGACAUACCGGUGA